GUAAGGGUUUGAAUGAUAUAAUUAAGUAAAUAUGAAUAUUUUUCAACACAUUGAUUGAGACUUAUCUAAUGAAUUUAUUGAUGAGAAUGUCACUACCUCCAGUGUCAAGACAUCAAUAAAGCUUACCAAGAAUAUGUCAAACAGCCCUUUUAAUAAUGCCUAUAAAGCUCAAUUGGUGAAGGCUUCAUCUUGACCUGUUCAGGGAUUCGCUGAAUACUCUAGCACUCCCAAGAGCAUAUCUAAACUAAAAAUGAUGAAUCAGAACUCUGAAGGACCCUGAAAAGAACCAGUAUGAGUUAGGGUAGGCCUCAGAGAUGAAAUCAAAAGUCUUUUGCAGAAAGCGAUCCAGAUUCGAAACUCUUCAAGAUAUGCCUCUGAGAAGCAGAUAUCUUGAGAAGGAUUUAAUUUUGAGCAUAAUAGCUCAUCUUCCUCCUCUUGACACAAAGUUGUAACGAUGGAGGAUGUCUUUGCCCCAUAUUAAUUCAUUAACACUAAUAAUUUGUAAAAACUGUUUCUUACUAUACCUCAGGUUAUCCAAGUUUUAUGCAAAUUCUCAAUGACUUAUUAAAAUUACACCUGACUUUAUUUUCAUUGGGCUGUUAGAAUUAUGAGAAGAUUUUGAAAGUAAAAUUUUAGCAUGUUCCAAAGCAAACGAUCUGUACUGUAUCCUAUAAGCGUUGAUAUUAAGACACUUUUCAAUAAUUCAUUUGUCUAGAGGCUCUUUGUAGGCUGAUUAUCCAAUUCGUUGAGAGCCAGAGAGGACUUCACGAACUUUUAUUGAUAAAGAAAUUUCUGAAUUUUCCAUUAUAAACUGUUUGAUGGAACGAUUAUAUUAAAAGUUACUCACAUCGACAACCAUAUGAGUUACACUUCCUAAAAAUUUAUAAUAGAAGAUCCUCAAAUAACAUUUCCAUUAUAUGAAUUGUGAGACAGACAAGUCUUUAGAAGGUAAGUUUUGACAUAUUGAGUCUGAAAGCUUGAAAAAAUGAGGUAAUAAACUUCUUUUUAAUUGAAGAAUUUAACUCCUUUUCCGAUAAGCAAGUUUUUACAAAGAAUUAGCCAGUUCCUCUUGCUUACAAAAGCAUCCAAAUCUUCUAAAAAUUUCGAAUUCUUCAUAAUUUUUUUCAGGUUAUUUAAAAGUUCCUCUGCGAGAGUUUUCUAAUAAAAUUCAGAGAUUUGUACGCUUUUGAAAUUUUAAGUUAUUCAUCUUCUAUGUCACUUGAGUAAACUGGAAAUUUGCAGGACAAAAGAUUUCUGCUAUUUAAUUUCAGGGUUUGUACUCAUAUUUAAAAAUAAGAUAAGCCUUGGUUAUUGAGGAUCCUAAAAUUCAUGAACCUAAUUACUAACAAAAUGUCCUAUUAGAACUUGGAUAGCUGAGAUGACAGGCAAUAGAGGUUUUUAUACUCAUUAUUAUUAAAUGUUUUCCUCUCUCUUAUGGAUUAUUCAACAACUAGCAUUGUUGAUUCAUAAAUUAGAAUCUUCAAAGUAGUGUUUUUCAUAACGAAUAUUGAUUAUUAAAGUAAGUUCAACAUAUUUUAUUAAAAUAUGCACUGAUAUGACAGAUUCUUGGAAUAUUCCAUUUCACACAAAUUUUAUCUCCACUCCAAAUCCCAAUACUCACCUAAAUAACCCUCUAAACCCCCUCCCUCUACCCAAUAUCACUCCUAAAUCAGUUCAAACCCCUCUCCAAAACCUCUCUCUUAUUUCUUCCAUUAAAUUUCUUCCCAAAACCCUAUCUUCUCUACACAACGCCCCUCUAAAACCCCCUAUAUUUCCCCUAAUAUCACCUUCCUCCCAAUAUCCCAGUAAACCCCCACUUAGAGCCCAUCCACUUUCUUCAGGAUCCCGUUCCUUCUGGACAAGGGAGAUUCAGACUUGUAGAGGAGGCAGACUCUGGGUUUUUACAGAGAUGUGGAUGGAAUUUACUGGAGUGAGAAAUUGGGAGUUUUAGGUGUAGUCUAAUUUGGCUAUCACCAAGAUGAGUUGAUCAAAAAUGAUUCAAUAAUCACUUUCCUGGUUAGAUUGUACAAAAUAUGCCAGAAAAGCACUUCGAGGUAAUAUUCUUCCCAAGUAGGUUUA